UCAGGCUUAGUUACUAGCAUUGUAGCUUUCCGACUUUUUUUUUCGCUGCCCGGACACAAUUUGCUAAACCACAAGUGGAAGUUUCUAAGGAAUAGAGUUGAUUUUGUUACACUGUGGUCUUCCUUCGGCAACCUAACUGCUAACAAAGGUGAUUGGCAAUGAAGUCUGCAGUGCUCCUCGGACUGUUUCUGACCACCAAGGGUUUCUUGUAUGCCAGUGCUGAUUCGCUCGGUCAGCAGCAAUCAACGAAUGAAAGAUGCCAGGCACCCGACCCGGGCAAACAACCGAAACCUCGUCCUCUCGGAAACUACACCUACUGGGGUAUGACAACAGACGCUCACGAAUGCAAAAAUGUGUCUAGGAUAAUAAUCUACAGUAAGAACGGAAGCAUUGUGGAUGCCGCCAUUGCGACCCUGCUGUGCAUGGGUGUCGCCUUACCGCACCGCAUGGGACUUGGCGGAGGCUUCAUUGCCACCGUAUACAAUCAGUCUUCACAAGAAGCGCAAGUCUUGAUCGCUCGAGAAAGAGCCCCAUUGUGCGCUUCGCAGAACAUGUUCUCUAGCAAUCCUAACGAAAGCCUUGUGGGCGGGAAGGCGGUUGCAGUUCCAGGAGAGCUGCGUGGUUACUACGAGCUUCACAAACGCUAUGGGAAGUUAAACUGGUCCGAUCUGUUCGACGAAGCUAUAAAGUUGGCGUACUACGGAUUCCCAAUUCAAGAGGAGCUCGCCAGUGCCCUAAAAGCUGCAAAUAAUCAGUUUGCUUUGACAAACAAGAGCAGCUGGCAAGUCUUCGUGAACAACGAAACGAAAGAGGUGUUGCAGAAGGGAGAAAAAUUGAUCCAAUCAGACUUGGCCAAAACCCUCAAGGCCAUCGCUGCAAACGGAUCCGACUACUUUUACAAUGGCUCCUUCGCUGAGAAACUUGUUCAAGAAGUCGGUGACAACGGAGGUGUGAUGACUUCAUCGGAUCUAUUGAACUACUCGGCGAGUUGGGUGACGCCGUUGAACAGGACGUUCAAGAAUAACCUCACUUUGUUCACCGCGCCACCACCAGGGAGUGGCGGAGUCGUCGCUUAUAUACUGGGCAUUAUGGACGCUUUCCGUGAGACAAAGAAAGAAUGCCUGUCGGAGGACGUCUCGACGUUGCACAGGUUCGCUGAAGCAUGCAAGUUUGGUUAUGCGAAAAGAGCCGCCCUUGGUGAUUCUGAGUUCGUAGACUGCAAAAAGGUGCUUGAAGAAAUGACCUCUCCGGACAGUGCGGAAACUGCGAAGUGCAAGAUCAAUGACAAUCACACGUUCGACAGCCCAUAUUACUACGGCUUUGUGAACCAGACUGCGCGACAUGACGAAGGGAAUGCGCACGCCACCUUUUGGCACGUGACGACAUGGUCAUUGCUGUAUCCAGCACAAUUAACCACCCAUUGCUCCACGGUCGAUGAAAUCAUCAAGGAGUGUCGGCGCUUCGAACAGGCAAAGGGCCGUCGAGUUGCUCAAGCGUACGACAGAUUGCCGAAUACCGCCGCGACCUCUUCCUGCGAAGACCCACCACGGCUCGUCCAAUCGACAGCACCUGAAGACAUCACGCGCCUUAUUCGCCGUGAGCUCGAGGCCAUGUCUCCGGCUCCAGUUCAUUCGGACUUUAGGAACAACAUGCCCUCCAUCUCCCCCAUACAAGCUGUUGUUCGGGAAGAAAUCGCAAGUUUGGGCAUGCCAUCACUCUGCUCGGUCCGUCACACGAACACUUAUCAGGUUUCCCCGGCCACUCGCAGCCAGCCGCAAAGUUUUGUUCCGCCCCGCCGCAAUCCAGCCGAGUGGCGCACCGUGGACGAUCGACCCAUCUGCUUUAAUUGUUCCCGUAUUGGACACAUUGCCCGUCACUGCCGCAGUCGCUUGUCGUCACCUCCACGGUGGUCGUCUCCUAGUCAUUACCACCAGCCGCCGGACAGUCAUACUUUCUCGCCCUACACGCCGACUCAGAGCAUCAACGUCGACAAUGUCCCGCCAAGGUCCAGCCGCUCCCCGUCUCCGCAAGAUGGCGACUAUGUUGUGUCGCCGCUCACCGACGUGGUUCUGACGCGAAAUAUUGCCCUGCCAAGCACCAUAAUCCAAAUAAUCGAGAAUCGGGCGUGCGUCCCAGUCGUCAAUUUUGGAUUUUCUACUCACGUGCUUCCACAUGGCAUCGCCAUGGCGCAUAUCACCCCUUUGGGAGAAUACGAGAUCUCUUCUUUGGCCACUGAAUCCCUCUCCACUACCAGCACACCUUUGCCGCCUAUUACUUCGUCCUCGUCGACUGCGGCACAGCAUCUCUUCGGAAGCUGGAUACGCACAAACUCUGGAAUAAUACUGAACAACCAGAUGGAUUCAUUCUCGACGCCGGACGAAGUAAAAAAGAACGGAUGGGAUCCAUCCACCGCCAACUACAUCGCACCACGAAAGCGGCCCAUGUCAUCUAUGGCACCCUCUGUGGUGGUGGACAGUGAUGGCAAAGCCGUUUUUGCCUUAGGAGGAACUGGUGGAUCAUUGCUUGCCUCAGGAAUUACACUGGUCGCAACACGGGUGCUUUGGCAAUGCAACAUGAUCAAGGACGCCAUUGACAAACCGCGGCUCCACAACCAGCUUGUCCCCAUUGAUCUGAUGGUUGAACCUUUCUUCCCUAAGGACAACAUAACAGCGCUGGAAAACCUGGGCCACAACGUGACCAAGCGCUGCGGAAUGUUCAACAUCGUCUCCGGAGUGCAGCAGAAACAGGGACGCAUCUACCCCUACUCCGACCCAAGAAAUCCCGACGUCGAAAAGAACAAAUGAAAAGUUGUUGGUCGCACCUCUAUAUACUAGAGCCUAGGCGUGCAGUCUACUAUAUGCGUUCAUCAACCAUGAACUGAGCGGUCAGUAGUGUGUUAGCUAACUUUUCUAGCGCUGUAUGUUUUUCAAAAGCGUUGCGUCUCUCGCAGUGGGGAAAGUUAAUCUAUUUUACAUUCGCCGUCUUGUCUUACAAUAUUACAUCGGUGAACGUAGACUUGUGCCAACUGAACAAGAAACCUGUCCUCCCAUCCGCUCUUUUGUCGCAUCAGACGAUCAUCGCCAUAAAGAAAUAAACAAAUAAAACGAAAUGCGUUUUAUUGGAGCGGCUGGGUUUACAUCUGAAGCUAAGUGCCUUAACCACUAGCUACACACCCACGCGUGCAGAUUCUUAAUAUACCUCAACCAUAUG